AUGCCAAAACACUCUCGACAUCGCACGAAGCCGAUAGCAUGCCGCAGAUGCCAUGCGCGAAAAGUCAAGUGCUCGGGCGAAGUGCCCUGUGAGGGGUGCCAGAGGGUAGGCAAGCAGGAGGAGUGUGUCUAUCCACAAAAGGACCGCGUGGUGCAAGUCAGUCAGCAGUAUAUUGAGAAUCUAGUCGCUGAAAACCAGCGGCUUCGCAGCAGCUCGCACGGCGACCACCACGACGAUGAUGAGGGCGCACCCGUACAAGGCCCUGUGCUCUCCGAGACCCCUUGGUUCGUCCAUAUUGAUACUACUCAUACCCCCAUCCUCGUUGCGGAAGCCUCCGACUCGGCGUUUGCAACGCGGUUUCGCCAGGCCAUGUCCAGUGCACAGCAUGGGCAUCUGCCCCGUGUGAGUUUCCCUAACGAUGAGAAAUUACUCGAAUUGUCAGACGCAGACUGUCCAUGGCCCGGAUCUGCACGCGCACGCUUUCUCGUUCGAAGUGCCAUACAAUGUCUCGGUCGCUGCUAUCACAUUAUCAGACAGAGUGCGACUCUUGCGGAUUUGGAAUGUGCUAUUCACGUGCCCUCGUCGCUGGGACUGCUGGCGAAGAGUAGACUGUGGGCUGUGCUCGCCAUCGGCGAGAUGUAUGUGACAAAGUUCCCCUUUGCUGGGGAUGCAUUUCCCGGGAUUCGUUACUUUGCCAAAGCGAUGCGAGUUACUCGGAUCGUGAGCGAGAGGCCCAAUCUUGACACGGUUGAGAUCCUCCUGUUACUGUCAUUCUACUCAUUGUACCUCAAUCGACGGCACUCGGCAUACAGUUUCGCUGGCUCUGCUGUCAUUAUGGGCCUGCACCUCAACGUGCCCGACACACAACUGAGCGACCCCUGCGUGCGAGAGCAUCGAAAUCGCGUUUGGUGGACUGCCUACUGUUUCGAUCGCAUGUGGGCAGCCAAACUCGGCUAUCCCGCUGCCAUCCGCGACGACGAGAUUGAAGUUGACCUGCCGUCGAAUCCAAUCUGUGAUGCUUCUAAUGCUUCGGACUUCCCUGACCGUGAUUACUUCGUUGCGAGGAUCGGCUUAUCGCGGCUAUCGGGGAGCAUCAUUCACUCAAUCUACGGUCAACGGUCUCCUCGGACUUCACUAUCGCUGAGGGUCCAGGAGGCAUUCCGAGACUUGCGCAGCUGGCUGGAGAACCUCCCUCUGUCGCUCCGGAUAGAUUCGAAGCAUGAAGCUGAACUGGACCCGCGAGCGAGAUCGCUUCAUCUUCUAUUCAAUCAGCUCGCGAUUCUCACCACCCGUCCAAUUCUACUGCAUGUCUUACGCACUCAUCUCGAAGCCAGCCCUGUGCCACCAUCCGGGCUCACACUCUCCGACACCUGCGUCCGUUACGCGCGGCAUUCAUGCCAGUUACUCACCGACAGCUGGACAAACGGCUCAUUCAUGAUCUUCGACUUCUUUUACACCCAGUACCUCUUCGCCGCAGCCACCGUCCUCGGCAUCUCCAGUAUGCUUGAGGGCAAGGACCGACAGAACGAUAAAGAGCAGUUCGAGGUGGCUGUCCACUUGCUCUCCCAGCUUAAAGACAUCGGCAGUUUCGCGGCCGCUGAGUUUUAUUCCCAUGUAGAAGCUAUAGAGAAACUUAUGCACACCAAACUUGCUGCUGGUGAGAGUAUACCCGCCAACCUGUCCUCUACUGCUGUUGCUACCUAUGGCAGAGACGACUUUAUGGUGCUUUCCGAGCCAUUCCUGCAGGGGCUACUAGACCAGCCAAUUCCUGAUCUGGAGUUUAUCGAUGCGUCUAUGUUUCUGCCCGAUAUGUAUCUGGGUGGCGGCAUAUAGGGGAAACGCUUCUGCAAAUCAAAGGAUCACCCUGCAAUUUUCUCACUGAAGAAGCGAAGAGACAUCGGUGUGCAUUAACAGACUUGAUGUCUCCUGACCGGGCAAUGUCAAUGUCUCGGAGCUGACGACGAGAGCUACAUCGUAUUCCAAUAGCCUGGUCACUAUUUUGAAAUUGCUAGGUACGUUGUCGUACCUAGGGAGACCUCUGCGCUGUCAUGGCAUGCUCCCUAAUUUGCGACAAUCUACGAUAAAAUGGAAGUGACGAAGACGCAUACCAUAGCACGAUUUAUACGUCAUUGAGGAUAUGGAACAUGACUGAAUGCUACCUGAGGGUGAAUGCUACCUGAGGUAGCCGAGCCCAAUUACCUGGAAGUUCAUGCCCUCAGGGUUUAUCGGGUGAUUCGGUGGAAACUGGUAUCCCGAGGGAGGAGGACUAUGGCGUGACUAACCCCUACCGGUUGCACUUGGAAUGAGGUAUGGGAGCCAGAAGGAAGCCAGCCACCUUGAACACUGUUCCCCGUGGCGCUUAAGGACGAUAUUAUUGAGGCUCAUGACUCGUAAAGUGGCAGAUGCGAGGCGGGUGGCGGCAGGACAAGAAGGCUCGACAUCAGCGUUCACAGUGAUACGCGUACACCGUUGGAUGCGCCAAGGAAAUGAUCGCCUCCGUAAUAAAAAAAAAGGCACAAAGAUUGCUCCUAGAAGAGAACAACUCAGACAUGAAAAAAACAGCGCUUUCCUAGUUCCAGGACCAAUCAAAGAUCGGUUCUCUGGGAUCCUGAGAAACUGGAUUGCUCGUCUUAGC